AUGGUGGAUAGGUGGCGACUUGAAACCCAUUGUUUCCAUCUCCCUUUUGGGGAAGUCACAAUCACAUUGCAGGAUGUUGAGAUGCUCUUAAGACUACGAGUUGAUGGCUUGGCAGUGACGAGUAGUUUCCCAAAGGAACUAGUGAAGAGUGGUGUGACACAUGUCAUGAUCUCCUUGGUGUUAGGGCUGACAAAGGGCUUGGAAUUCUUGGUUAAUUUGGUACUCAAGCUAUUGGAGAUGUUGAGAUAUGAGGAAUUGACUGGUUACUUUGUUCUGCCUCUGAUAUGGCUGAUUGAUACUGAUUUACAAGCACCUACUUCUUGUGCUGUUGUUUUGGCCGCCGACGACUAUGACGAACUGAUACUCCUGCUGAACUGCCACCAGAUUGAUUGUGCUGCAAUGGGAGAUACUGAUCGUAGCUGGAUGUAUGGGAAACGCAAUACGUUUGAAUAUAGGCAAGGGGUUGAAAAUUUUCUCAAAUAUGCUGAAGAAAAUAAAAGUAAAAAUGGUGAAGAAUUUCUUGUGUGCCCCUGUUGUGAUUGUAAGAAUCUGAGGAAAUUCCGUAGUUCUGAGCAAGUGAAGAGUCAUUUAAUAUGCCGUGGGUUUAAGAAAGGUUAUGACCGGUGGAUAUGGCAUGGUGAAAGUGUACUUCCUAGUACAAGCACCAGUGAUAAUAGGAUAGACAAUGAUGAAGAGAAUGAUGAUAAUGAAAAGAAUGUAGACACUGAUACAAAUGGAGAGAGUGAUCGAAUAGAUGAACUCAUACGUGCCAUUCAAGGAAAUUUUAGUGAAGUGCCUCAUGUAUUAGAAAGUUUGCUUGUUGAUUUAGAAAAACCUUUGUUCUCUGGGUGUAGUAGAUUUACAAAGUUAUAUGCUGUGUUAAAAUUAUAUAAAUUAAAAGCAGAGAAUGGGUGGAGCAAUAAGAGCUUUACACAGUUAUUAGAACUUUUAAAAGACAUGCUUCCUAAUGAUAAUGAGCUUCCUAUUUCAACUUAUGAGGCAAAGAAAAUAUUGUGUCCGUUAGGUAUGGAGAUUAAGGAAAUACAUGCAUGUCCAAAUGAUUGUGUACUCUAUUGGAAAGAGUACAGUGAUUUACAUGUGUGUCCAAAGUGUGGGGUAUCACGUUACAAAAUAAAGGGUGUUGAUGAUGGGUGUGAGGGUAAGAAAGGCCCUCCGGUGAAGGUGUUAUGGUAUUUACCAAUAAUUCUGAGGAUCAAACGUUUGUUUGCGAAUCCAAUUGAUGCGAAAUAUUUGCAGUGGCAUGCUGAAGGGAGAAAAAAUGAUGGAAAAUUAAGACACCCAGCCGAUUCUCUUCAAUGGAGGAACAUUGAUCGAGCGUUUCCUAAAUUUGGUAAUGAGAAUAGGAAUCUUAGGCUUGGGUUAUGCACCGGUGGAAUGAACUCCCAUGGUAACAUUAACAGUCGACAUAACACUUGGCCGGUUCUUUUGGUUGCUUACAAUCUUCCUCCUUGGUUGUGUAUGAAUCGUAAGUACAUCAUGCUGUCAUUGCUUAUUUCAGGGCCUAAACAACCAGGCAAUAACAUAGAUGUGUACUUAGCACCACUUGUGGAAGAUUUGAAAAUGUUGUGGAAUGAAGGUGUGACGGUGUUUGAUGCAUAUAGUCAAACAAACUUCACUUUGCGAGCUAUGAUAUUUUGCACAAUAAAUGAUUUUUCAACAUAUGAUAACUUAUCAGGCUAUAAUACUAAAGGAGCGAAGGCAUGUCCUAUUUGUGAAGAUGAAACAAAUGAUCUUUGGUUGAGCAACAGUAAAAAAAAUGUCUUCAUGAAUCAUCAGAUCUUUCUCCCUACUGGUCAUCCUUAUCGAAAGAAGAUAAAGUGUUUUAAUGGAAAAGUUGAGACACGAGUUGCUCGCUUUCCAUUAUCAGGCCGUGCGGGUAAGACUAAAGAUGACAUUAAUGCUAGAAAAGAUAUGGUAGAAAUGGGAAUACAAGAUAAGUUAGCACCGCAAGAAUCAGGAAAGCGGACAUACUUACUUCCAGCUUGUUAUACAAUGUCUGAAAUAGAGAAAACAAGCUUUUGUGCAUGUUUGAAUGAUGUGAAGCACAUGUUACCCGUAGCAAUUCGAGAUGUUUUACCAAAACAUGUUAGGCAUGCUAUUAUAAAACUUUGUUUCUUUUUCAAUGUUAUUUGUAGUAAAGUUGUUGAUAUUGAGGUGUUGGAUGAUUUGCAGACAGAUGUGUGUUUAAGAUGUAUGUAUCCAUUUGAGAGAUUCAUGAAGAUACUAAAAGGAUAUUUGAAAAAUCAGUUUCAACCAGAAGGUAGUAUCAUUGAAAGUUAUGUUGCUGAGGAGGUGAUUGAGUUUUGUACGGAUUAUUUGGCAAAUGUUGAAUCUAGUGGUGUUCCUAAAUCUCGUCACGAGGGUAAACUUACAGGGAAAGGUACUAUUGGGCUUAAACUAGUUUCACAAAGAGCUGAAAUUCGUGAUAAAGCUCACCUCGUUGUAUUGCAACAUGAAUCUGAGGUUCAUCCAUACUUUGGCGAACACCUGUCCAUAUUAAGGCAUGAAAAUCCUUCAAAGAGUGAAAAGUGGGUGACCAAUGAACACAACCGCACAUUUAUAAGAUGGUUAAAAGAUAGAGUGAUGCAAGAGUUAUCCAAAGUUCCAAAUAACAUCAGUGAAACCGUUAAGUGGCUAGCUUAUGGCCCUGGUAUACUUGUGUUCUGUUAUGAAGCAUAUGAAAUUAAUGGGUAUACAUUUUACACAAAACGUAAAGAUGAUAAGAGUUCUGUGCAAAACAGUGGAGUUACAGUAGAAGCACUAUCCAGAGAUUACUCUAGUGCCAGAGAUGCCGAGCCAGUAGAUGUUGCUAUGCCAUAUUAUGGUGUGAUUGAAGAAAUUUGGGCACUUGAUUUUGCAACUUUUAGGAUUCCUCUAUUCCGGUGUAGUUGGGUUGAUAACAUACGAGGUGUUCGAAUAGAUGAUUUGGGCUUUACUUUAGUAGAUUUUGAUCAGUUGGGAUAUCAGGAUGAGCCAUUUAUACUUGCAUCUCAAGCAAAACAAGAAAAAGAAAUAUUGUUGACAUUGGAGAUGCUGUGGAUGAAGAAGAAUAUAAUCACUUUGAUGAAACACUUCCAUUUUCUAUUGGCAUUCAAGCUUUAG